AAUGGACGUAUUUUUAAUAAUAAUCUCCUGUAUAAUAGCUGUUCUGUUGCUAGGAAUCAACAUUUAUAUACUAGCCUUAUAUUGUCAUCGUAUAACAUUCAUCUGAAAUAUAUUUAGCAUCUGAUUCUGGAUUUGGAGCUUCUUUAUUUUGUAAAAUAUUAGUUGUACUUGGUUUCACUUUGGCAUGGGGAUAAAUCCUAUUAGUAUCAGCAGACAUAUCAGCAUCUAAGUAUUAAGAUAUAUCAUUUAGGGGUGUUUUUACUACCGAAGGGGAUUCCAUGAUGAUUGUGUGGUAUGUUAUAUAUUGCACAAUACUGGGAAUGGUUGCAUUUCUAAUACCAUGUGCUUAAUUUUUUUAUGAAAGUGAUGAAGAUAAGCCAAUAAUGAAACGAUUAUUAGAAGUUAUGUGCUAUGAAUUCAUAUUAUUGGGUGUACUAUUAACUUUAUUAUUGGUCGGAUUUACAUAUCUUGGAACUGCUAGAAUACCAGUUCAUACAAUUACUUAAACUUUUAAUAGUUAGAUUUCAGCUACAUAUCCUAUUGUAUUAAGCAAUUAUGCUUUCAAUUAAGUAUAAAUUAUAUUACAAUUAGAUUGAAAGUGAUACUAAUGUAGAGAUUUCAGUAUCAUUUCCUGUAUUUUUGAUGGGAUUCUUGGCAUUUAUUGGAUGGUUUUUAUUAGUAUUGUUUGGUGGAGUUGGUCUUUCUGCAUUACCUAUUGAUUUGAUUUAGGAAUACAUUAACAGACCUAAACAACUAAAAUCUUCUGAAGCAAUGGAAAAAAAGAUGAGAUUAAAAAAAUAAACAGCAGAAUUAAUCUAAUUUGGUUAAUAAAUUAAAGAAGAAGAAAAAGAGUUAGCUUUAGUUAAUGGAUUUAUGGCAGAAAGAAAAGUGAAAAAUUAAAUUAAAUAAAAAGCUAAAAAGUUUUAAGCAGCUGCUGAAGUACUUGAAAAUGAAUACCAAAUAUUUAAAUUAGAAUUAAAAUAUUUAGAAACUAAUCCUAUUGUUUGGAUUUUCAAAUUAAUCCUAGGAAUUAUAUUCAUAAUUUUAUCAUUAUUAUGGAUUUUAUAAAUGUAUUACUUUUUUUAUUAUAAAAUAGAUUGUUGUAUAUGCUUAUUAAAAUAAAUGGAUUUCCUGCUUAUAGUUUUUUGAAUAAGAUGUUUAUUUAUUUAGAGGGAACAGUAAUGUCAUUUAUUGGAACUAUUUUGUUAGCUCUUUUUACUUUAUAUUUAUUGGGUUGUACAUAUAAGGGUAACUUGAAGUUUGGACUCAGAAUUCCUUUUCUCUUCACAAUCUAUCCUAUGAAAAUAAAUGAGACUUUUAUGAACAGUUUCCUUUUCAAUGCAAAUCUAUUACUCAUUACUUCUGUUGCUGUUACUCAAUUUAGUAUACAAGCUUUUUCAGAAUAUACUUAAAAUUCACAAAUUGCUUUAAUGUUCUUAGGCUAGAUUUAAUAUUUAUAUUUCUUUACUUGGUUCUUUGAUUAUAAUGUAUUUGUUAUAGCAUUACUUUCCUGGACUGGGAUUGUCUUAAUCUAUUUGCUUGUAAGGAAACCACCAAAACCUUAUGCAUUAUUAGAAAUCGAAAAAAGGAAGACAUAAGAUUUUGAAUUAUAAACAAAAUGAA